AUGACGGGACUGCUAGUCAUUUGCUACUGGUUGACUAAUGUGGGGCAUUCACAUGCUCCCGCGCCCCGGAUUGCACCCACUGCCAAAGCCUCAGACGUGCUGGGAUACUGGAAUACCCAGCCACGAUUGAAGAAGUGUGAAGCUGGCCCUGGAGCCGCUGAUGAAAUCCAUGCUGAAGUACAGUUGAAGAAUUAUGGGAAAUUUCUUGAAGAGUACACAUCCCAGCUGAGAAGAAUUGAAGAUGCAUUGGAUGACUCGGUUGGAGAUGUUUGGGAUUUCAAUCUUGAUCCUAUUGCAUUAAAGCUUUUGCCGUAUGAACAGUCAUCCCUUCUGGAACUCAUAAAAACAGAAAACAAGGUUCUAAAUAAAGUAAUAACGGUGUAUGCUGCUCUUUGCUGUGAAAUCAAGAAGUUAAAAUAUGAGGCAGAAACUAAAUUCUAUAAUGGCCUCCUAUUUUAUGGGGAAGGAGCCACAGAAUCCAGCAUGGUGGAAGGAGAGUCCCAAAUACAGAUGGGAAGAUUUGUUUCCUUCUUACAGGAGCUGUCUUGUUUUGUUACACGAUGCUAUGAAGUGGUGAUGAAUGUAGUUCAUCAGUUGGCUGUUCUGUAUACCAGCAACAAAAUCUGCUUGAAUAAAAUGGAUGGACUUAGUGAAACAUGUUAUGUUACAGGUGUUGUCUUCAGUAACAGGAAUUUAUGGAUUCAUACACCAGCUGAGACAUCAGGAGUUCACUUUCAGACUCUGUAUGAGCAUUUAGGAGAGCUGCUGACAGUCUUAAUCACGCUGGAUGAAAUAAUUGACAAUCAUGCCACCCUGAAGGACCACUGGACCAUGUACAAAAGGUUAUUAAAAUCGGUCCAUCACAACCCAUCUAAGUUUGGGAUUCAGGAAGAUAAACUGAAGCCAUUUGAGAAGUUGUUAUUAAAACUGGAAGGCCAGUUACUUGAUGGAAUGAUAUUCCAGGCCUGCAUAGAACAACAGUUUGAUUCUCUCAAUGGAGGAGUGUCUGUGUCAAAGAAUAGCACUUUUGCUGAAGAAUUUGCACAUAGUAUUCACACAAUUUUUGCGAAUGUUGAAGCCAAACUUGGUGAACCCUCAGAAAUUGACCAGAGAGAUAAAUACAUAGGAAUUUGUGGGCUCUUUGUAUUGCACUUUCAGAUUUUUCGGACUGUAGACAAGAAAUUUUACAAAUCAUUACUGGAUGUAUGCAAAAAGGUGCCAGCUGUCACAUUAACUGCUAAUAUUAUUUGGUUUGCUGAUAACUUUCUGAUUCAGAAAAUGCCAGCUGCUGCCAAACUGCUGGACAAGAAAAGCAUUCAUGCCAUUAAAACACACAGGGAGAGUUUUCUACAGCAGAAGGCUCAGUUACUUACCAAAGAGAUGCAGUCAUAUUAUGUCUUUGUGAGCUCAUGGAUGACAAAAAUGGAGUCCAUAUUGUCUAGGGAGCAGCGAAUGGAUAAGUUUGCUGAAGACCUCUCCAGUAGAUGCAGUGUCUUUAUACAGGGUUUUCUUUAUGCUUACAGCCUCAGCACUAUCAUUAAAACCACAAUGAAUCUUUACAUGUCAAUGCAAAAGCCGAUGACCAAGACCUCGGUGAAAGCACUAUGCAGACUUGUGGAACUUCUCAAGGCAAUAGAACAUACAUUUUACAGAAGAAGUAUGGUUGUGGCUGAUUCUGUGACACACAUCACUCAGUAUUUGCAGUAUCAGGCUCUUAACUCUAUUUCUGUAGCCAAGAAAAGGGUCAUUUCUGACAAGAAGUACAGUGAGCAGCGCCUGGAUGUGCUUUCUGCCCUGGUGCUGGCUGAGAAUAUCCUCAAUGGGCCAAGUACAAAACAGAGACGGCUAAUUGUUUCCCUUGCACUGAGUGUGGGCACACAGAUGAAAACAUUUAAAGAUGAAGAGUUGCUUCCUCUUCAGGUAGUUCUGAAAAAACUGGACUUAAUCAGUGAACUUUCAGAACGAGUGAAAGUGCAGUGUGACUGUUGCUUCUUGUACUGGCAUCGAGCAGUCUUCCCAAUUUAUUUAGAUGAUGUGUAUGAAAAUGCAGUUGAUGCAGCUAGAUUGCACUAUAUGUUUAGUGCAUUACGAGACUGUGUACCUGCGAUGAUGAAUGCAAGGCACUUAGAAUCCUAUGAGGUACUUCUGGAGUGCUACGACAAAGAAAUCAUGGACGUUCUAAAUGAGCAUUUACUGGACAAAUUAUGUAAAGAAAUAGAAAAGGACCUACGUCUUUCUGUGCACACACAUCUACAGCUAGAAGACAGAAAUCCUUUCAGAGUUGGGAUGAAAGAUCUGGCUCACUUUUUCUGUCUGAACCCAAUACGAUUUUUCAAUCGUUUCAUUGAUAUCAAAGUUUAUGUGACACACUACCUAGACAAGACGUUUUACAACCUAACAACUGUAGCUCUUCAUGACUGGGCUACAUACAGUGAAAUGAGAAACUUAGCAACUCAGCGUUAUGGUUUGAUCAUGACAGAAGCACAUCUUCCUAGUCAGACUUUAGAACAGGGUCUGGAUGUUUUGGAAAUCAUGAGAAAUAUUCAUGUUUUUGUAUCGCGCUACCUCUACAAUCUCAAUAAUCAGAUCUUCAUUGAAAGAACCAGCAAUAAUAAGCACUUGAACACUAUCAAUAUCCGGCACAUUGCUAAUUCAAUUAGAACACAUGGCACAGGAAUCAUGAACACAACAGUGAAUUUCACAUACCAGUUUCUGAGGAAAAAGUUUUACAUCUUUAGCCAGUUCAUGUAUGAUGAGCAUAUCAAAUCCCGACUAAUUAAAGAUAUACGGUUCUUCAGGGAAGUGAAGGAUCAAAAUGAUCAUAAGUACCCUUUUGAGAGGGCAGAAAAGUUCAACCGGGGCAUCAGAAAACUUGGAAUAACACCUGAUGGACAAAGUUACCUCGACCAAUUCAGGCAGCUCAUAAGCCAAAUAGGCAAUGCCAUGGGCUAUGUGCGAAUGAUAAGAUCUGGUGGACUUCACUGCUGUAGUAGUGCAAUUAGGUUUGUUCCUGAUCUUGAAGAUAUCGUGAAUUUUGAGGAACUGGUGAAAGAAGAAGGGCUCUCAGAAGAAACACAGAAAGCGGCAAGGCAGUUAGAUUCCGUUCUUGGUGAUCUCGCACGUAAUUUUGCAGAAGGCACAGAGUACUUCAAAAUGCUUGUGGAUGUGUUCGCUCCUGAAUUCCGCAGUCCAAAGAACAUGCACUUGCGCAACUUCUAUAUUAUUGUUCCCCCACUGACUCUCAAUUUUGUAGAGCAUUCAAUCAGCUGCAAGGAGAAACUGAAUAAGAAGAACAAAAGUGGAGCAGCUUUCACUGAUGAUGGGUUUGCCAUGGGUGUGGCUUACAUUCUAAAGCUGUUGAAUCAGUACCAGGAGUUUGACUCGCUUCACUGGUUCCAGUCAGUCAGAGAGAAAUAUGUGAAGGAGAUAAGAGCAGUAGCUAAGCAACAGAAUGUGCAAUCGACGAAUCAAGAUGAGAAGCUACUACAGACCAUGAACCUUACUCACAAGCGACUAGAUGUUUAUUUACAGGAGUUUGAACUGCUUCAUUUCUCACUAAGCAGUGCAAGAAUAUUUUUCAGAGCAGACAAAACUGCAGCAGAAGAAAGCCAGGAAAAGAAAGAGAAAGAAGAAGAACCAAGUAAAACAAGUGAUGGAGACCUGUCUAGUUCUACACCUGCAGAUCCUAUUGUGAAAUGAAAUCUCUGGUAUGGAUGACUUGUCUGAUGUAUCAGAAUUAUUUGUUAUCUUGUUUUUGCCGAUAAUUUUUUUUUAUGGGGUAAAAUCUCUUGAUUUGAUUGACUUGCUGUGCUAAAUUCUGUAGAAAAUGGAACAGUGCUACAGCAGUGUGUAGUGCUGCUAGAGCUGAAUUUAUAUUCAUAUUCUUUUGAAGACCCCUAUUUUCAGGGGUUUAUUUUAUGUACAACAUUUUGCUCUGAAUUGAAACUUAGUAUAUAACACCUUGACUUAGGAUCAAUUGUUUUCUUAAAACAGAAGUACAGAUCAAACUUAGUUUACUAAUUUCAGAUGCUUUUUUGCAUCUCUAACUUACAACAUAUUUUAAACAAAUUGUAGGCCAUUGAUCCAUAGCUUGCAUUAAAGCAUCUUUUUCUCUUUAACCAGGAAAAAAAUGUAAAGGCAGAUAUUAUGUAUAAAGAGUAUCUGUUGUCUGAAAAAUAAUUUGGAAAGGUGUCCUGCCCAGCCAUAUUGUAGCCAGCACACGAUUACAGACUACACUAUAAUAGUGUGCAACAGUGGGCAUUGUGAAUGUAUAUUAAGGCUAAUACACAAUACAGAAAUCCUUAUUAAUAUUAAUGUGUGCCACUAAAUCUUUACUCUUAAAUAAUAUAUUGAUCAAUUGGCUAAGGGAAAUUAGGUCCCUUCAGUGGCUCACUUGUCCCUCUUUUUUCUUCUUUCAUAUCAAAGAGUUAAAGUAAAACUAUAAUGAAACUGGUUUUAGAUUUAUACUGAAGGCUUGACUUAUGGCCACAUGAGUAAGGAAAUUCAGACUAAAGAGAGAACCAGAGUCAGUGCUUCCUUUUAUGACCAGGCACUGUGUGACAGGUGUCUGACUAUUAAAGUGAUCUUACAUUUCACAAAUACUGUAGUGCCUAAGCACAGUUUUCAGCCUCAAGCCUGUAUCUUCUUGCCUGUAUAUAUAUGUUAAACCCUUCAUGUUCAAACAUUAUCUUAAAUGCUUUCUAAUUAAUGAUAAUUGCACUGCAGGCUUUAAAAGCUGCUGAACACUGUGAGAGCUCUGUAUAACUUAAACAUGUACUUACUACAAGGUUUUUAGACUGUGCAAGGGUUAGACAGCAAAUAUCCAGAUUCCUGACUUAAGUAGAUAGCUGGAUUUAACUCAAAACAAACAAACAAAAACUGGAAAAGCAUGGUUGUUUUAAUCACUUGGAACGUGAGAACAAUGCCUUGCUCACUAAAACAAACAGUGCAGUCAGUGUAACCAAUUUGCGAAUUGUUUGUCUUGCACAAUAUUUUUGGACCAUUUUUGUGAGCCUCCACAUCUCUUCAUUAUAGAGCAAGGUACUGUUUUUAGAAGUGAUUCCAAUUGCUCCAAAACCUGGUCACAAAUUAUAUAAGGUAGUAAUGUCAUGUGUGACAGUCCUCUGAUUUGCCCUUCUCUGCCACUGUCAUCACCAUAUACAGAAGUCUAGGACUAAUGCCUUGCCGCAAGUGAAGGGACCAGACUGGCACAGAAUUCUUUCAUGAAAUCUGAAAACCUGACCUAGAAGCAUCAUGAACUGUUUAAUCAGCUGGACUCAUUAAGCCCUUUAUUUGCAUUUCGGUGUAACUGCAGAGUUGGCCCUAAGGAAUGCUGCAUAACCUAAUUUAUGUUUUUGAAUUUUUUUUAAUUUGUUUUUAUUCUGAUAUGACUAUUUACUUUGUAAAUUUUAAUUCUUUUGAGCUAAUUAGGCCAGAGGGAAACAUCAUUUUUAGCAGUGCUCCUAUUGCUGCUAACUUUCCUGCUUGUAUGUUUUCAUAGGCAUACGCCCCUUUUCAGAAUCCAUUUUCAAAUAGUCAGUAUGUUCCUGGCCUGGCCUAUCUUCAUUUCUUCCUUCCUAAUCUCUGGCUAGGGCAUCAAUCACUUUCCCCAUAGAUCUGACUUUACAGAAAUGUACUAUUAGGUCAUAACCUAUUCUAAACAGCAAUUGCAUUCUCUCUCUUGACCUGUGAUUUUUUUUUUUUUUGUAUUAUUAUUUUUUUUUAUUUUUUUUUAAUUUUUGGAAGAAUGUUGUCCUUAAUACUUCACAGCUUACCUUAGGUAAUGUAUCCAUCUUCCUGAUCUGUUCAGUACUAAGCAAUUAACAUGGUUCUGAUGACAGAAAUUCUACAGAAAGGAGGCUACUUGUAGAACCCUGUUUAGAGUACAUGGAUGUGUACUGUAUGUGUGAAUAUAUACAUAUGUAUAAUGAUAAUAUAGCUCUUCUUUCUAAUAUAUGAUUGCAGUUAAUCUGGAACAUCUUACUAUGCUAUAGAAAUUUACUAAUGGAGGAGCCAUCGUACAGAGUCAUGAGGCUACUCCAGUACCAGCAUGGCUGGUGUCACUCCCUCAUCUGCUCGUGCUAUUUCAAUCCUUGCAUUUCCAUAAGGCCUGGAACCAGAUGAAGCUCCCUGCUGUGCUGCUGGCACUAGCUUCCUGAAGCCUUGCUGUGAGUGUGAGAGAACAAAAUCUCAUCUGCUGGUCUGGAGAGGGAAGUUUUAGAAAAGUAACAACUGCUGUUACUUGAUUCAAACUCUAGGCAGUGAGGAAAGGUGAAGCAGGCUUCCAUUUGCUGAGGAGCCAUAGACCAGGUUGUUAGCUCCUAGCUUCCUUCUAGCCAUGGACUGGAGACCGUGUCAUGCAGGUAGGCCUGUCUAUGUGAGAAAGCAGCAGCUGCUGCCAUCUUUUGUUUGCUGCUGUGGCUGUGCUGAAUGUGACAGGAAGCAGAAUUGGUAGCAGUAGCACUUUUGCAGCCCAUGGCCCCCUUCUUACUGAUUGCACUUUCAGGCCAGUAGCCAUAAGAACCCAGAUGUUCAGGCCCUUUUCCCCCCUCCCAUAGCAACAGCACUAGGGAAGAUGCUGAACACAGUAGCUGCCUUGUCUGGUAUCAAGACCUUAAUGAAUGCAAGGAUCCUGGUUACGUGGUAACUCUCCAUUGGCCUGUGGUGAGAGUCCCAGCUGCAGUGGACCUGACAGUAGUUGACUGGUCUAUGCUUCAGUGAGAGCAAAGCCACUAAUGCACUUCUUGUGUACAUGUGAACCGAUGCUUUGCUGGAGUGCAGAUUCCUGAGGUCCUGCUGCAUUCUGUAAUUUAGAGGUAAAUUUGACCUUUCCAUCUAAUAUCCAUCAAUGACAGCUGUUUUCAAAUUCUCAGGUAUGAAGGACCAAAUGUAACAUGUAUGUUAUCUAACUCAAAAAGGGUAUUUUGUUACCUCAGUCUCUCUUUUUGGUUCUGUGAGUAGAGUAUGCUAUGUACAUAAAACAAUGUUAAUAAAUGUAAUUUUGAGAAUCUCAUUCUUUGUUCUGUCUUUGACAGGUGUCCUUUGUCGUAUCAGUUUCUUUUAAUAUAAAUGAUACCAUUGUGUUUUCUUGACAAAGCAGUACUUGUGUGUGUCAGUAGUAAAGUGGACAAAUAUUUCUAAUUUUCAGUGCUCACAAGUAAUUCAGCAAGAGAUUUGAAGAGAACAGAAUGCAUGCAAACUGGUCACUUGCAAAAAUACUACAUGGGAUCAGCCUUCUUCUCGUAUUCUAGUCUACUGUAAAUGUUCUAGUAACAAAAAAACUAGCUUACUAGUAAGUACUUGGGGAGAGGUCCAGAUUGAAUUCAGUUUGUUGGAACAGAGGACAAGUUCUUAAAAUUGCUUUUAGAUCAGAAAUUGUCAGCUAGGGUGCUGUGGAACCCUGCGGUGUGAUGAGAGCUUCUAAGGGUGUCAUGGGGUGCUGCUCAGUAUUAGCACUGUUAGGUGUGCAAACACCUACAUGAUUCACAAACUAAACCCAGAGAUUUCAAACAGAAAUCUGUAAGUUCCAAAAACAUUCUGGAACCGUACGUGGUCUGAGCUCUUUGCAGCAGAACAUUUUCUCUAUCGUUUCCCAUCAGUCAAAAGCAUAAGUGAAGACCUAGAGCUGGCAUUUUUCAAGGGGUGCCUUGAGCCUAAAAAGGCAGAGAACCACUGUCUUGGAUACAGAGAACAGAUGAACCAAUAAAGAAUGAGUGUUUUUUGCUAGGACAGAUAUAGGAGAUGUCACUAAAAUAUUUUCCCUAUCUACUGUCUGCAGCAAUAUAACAGGUCAUUUAGCUGCUUGACUGCAACACAAAAUGGCCAAACCAU